AUGUCAUCCGUUGCAAUCACUUCCGCAGAGACUCUAGCUUCUCCUCCUCCUCAUCUUCAAGGAGAGGCUGAGUUGGAAUCUCUCAAGGCUUCAUACGUCCUUCGCCAACAACCCAUCUCGGUUACUCUCGAUGGCCAAAACAUAUUCUUGUCUUCAAUUGCCCUUAUCCUCCUUAUUCAUUUCCUCGACGCCUACCAUGCUCAGGUUCUUGUUGCUCUUGUUCCCAUAGUAUUGUUAGUUCACAACGACUACGUGAACUUCCUCAACCUGGGCCCUGGUGGUACGCCAUCAACCUUUGCCGGCUACCUUCGUAUAUCAUGGUUUCGUCUUUGGGCCCUGAGAGACCCAUACGCAGCACCAGAACCUGAUCCCCAGCGCCUCCCAACAUCAGGUAUUCUCCGUCGCCAACGUCUCCCAUACCGCGCAGGUCCUCGCCCUGUUGUUGCUGGAAUUGCUCCCCAAAGACAGCUUGACCAACAUGGUUCUCAAGAAUGUUACCGAUCUCUCCGCUGGUCCAUGGCAAAGAUAGCAAACCGUAACCCCAAGAAGUUUGGCACCGAGAAGUCAUGCAUUGAGAAACAUGGCUUAGCAUUAUUCGCCAGACAUCCAGUACAGACAAACUGCCAGGGUGAGAUUUGUCAUGUUCAUGACUCAGAUCACUCGCUGCACAUGGGUCUACACCCUGAUGACAUCAAAGAGGUGUUGCAAAAAGGCUGGGGCCAAAGACAUCCCCUGGCAUGGACUGGCCGGUUCAUUAAGAGUCCAGUCUCUCCAGACUUUCUCAUGGUCUACGCCCCACGAGAUGACGAAGAGUUACAGGUCGUCUGCAACAUCAUUGAGGCCGCUAUCUGGUAUACAGUCGCUGAAGAAAUUGAAAUGGGCAUCUCCCCCAAACCCAUGUAA